CUGUCGCUGCCCCGGUCGUCCCCGCCGCCGCUGCCAGCCCGCAGCCCGCCAGGCGGGCGGCUUUGCCUGCCCGAGCCCGCUGCAGCGUCGGGGCGCUGGGCGCGCGUGCAGCCUCGAACCGAGGGGACCCCAGCGAGCUAUCAGUCACUUGCCCGCCCCGUGCCACCACUACCACCGUUUCAGAGCGCAGGACCCCGCACCUCCAGCGCCCGCGGCCGCUGCCAAUGCGGCCCCAACACUUUUAGCUGGUCGGGAGGGCCGGAGAGCCGGUCUGCCUAGAACAGCGAGCCAGCCCCGCCAAGAGCUGCACCGACCCGCCAGGAACAGGGACAGACGCCCGCCCGCCAUGGAUCUAUUCGACUUUUUCAGGGAUUGGGACUUGGAGCAGCAGUGUCACUAUGAACAAGACCGUAGUGCACUUAAGAAAAGGGAAUGGGAGCGGAGGAAUCAAGAAGUCCAGCAAGAAGACGAUCUCUUUUCUUCAGGAUUUGAUCUUUUUGGGGAGCCCUACAAGGUAGCUGAAUAUACAAACAAAGGCGAUGCCCUUGCCAACCGAGUCCAGAACACGCUGGGAAACUAUGAUGAAAUGAAGGAUUUGCUAAUUAACCACUCUAAUCAGAAUCAUCUAGUGGGAAUCCCAAAGAAUCCCGUGCCCCAGACUCCCAUCAACAAAAAUGAACCAAGCUUUUUUCCAGAACAAAAUAACCGAAUGAUCCCACCUCACCAGGAUAACACUCACCCCUCGGCGCCAAUGCCUCCGCCUUCUGUUGUGAUACUGAAUUCGACUCUGAUACACAGCAACAGGAAAUCAAAACCUGAUUGGUCACGAGAUAGUCAUAACGCUAGCAUUGCACCCGCCAGCCAGGCCAGUAGUCAGCCAAGUAAGAUGCAGCCGUCGACGCAGGACCAGCCCCAAGCCAGACUGGAAGACUUUUUUGUCUACCCAGCUGAACAGCCCCAAGUUGGAGCACUCGAAGGGUCAAACCCCUCAGCAAAGGAAGAUAGUAAUCUCAAGUCCAGUGGAGGGGAUGUGUUCAAAGAAAUCUUUCAAUCCAACUUACCAGAAGAAUCUGAAUUUACGGUGCAGGCACCUGGGUCUCCCCUGGUUGCCUCCUCCUUGUUGGCUCCCAGCAGUGGCCUAUCAGUUCAAAAUUUCCCACCGGGGCUUUACUGCAAAACCAGCAUGGGACAGCAAAAACCAACCGCGUAUGUCAGACCCAUGGAUGGCCAGGACCAGGCACCUGACAUCUCUCCCACACUGAAACCUUCGAUUGAGUUUGAGAACAGCUUUGGGAAUCUGUCAUUUGGAUCCCUCUUGGAUGGAAAACCCAGUGCAGCCAGUUCAAAGACUAAACUGCCAAAGUUCACGAUUCUCCAAACAAGUGAAGUAAGCCUUACCAGUGAUCCAAGCUGUGUUGAAGAAAUCUUACGGGAGAUGACCCAUUCCUGGCCUACUCCUCUCACUGCCAUGCAUACUCCUGGAAACUCUGAGCAGAACACAUUUUCCAUCCCAGGACAGGAAUCCCAACAUCUGACUCCAGGAUUCACCUUACAAAAGUGGAGCGACCCAACCAGCAGAGCUUCUACAAAGUCAGUACCACUCAGAUCGAUGCUGGAGGAUGACCUGAAGCUGAGCAGUGAUGAAGAUGACCUUGAACCUGUGAAGACAUUGACCACUCAGUGCACAGCCACUGAGCUCUACCAGGCUGUUGAAAAGGCAAAACCUAAGAAUAAUCCUGUAAACACACUCUUGGCCACACCUCAGCCCCCGCCUGCAGUGCAAGCCAGCGGGGGAUCCGGCAGCUCCAGUGACUCAGAGAGCAGCUCGGAGUCAGACUCAGAUACUGAAAGCAGCACCACUGACAGCGAAUCCAAUGAGGCGCCUCGUGUGGCCACUCCAGAGCCUGAGCCACCCUCAACCAACAAGUGGCAGUUGGAUAAAUGGCUUAACAAAGUGACAUCCCAGAACAAAUCGUUUAUUUGUGGCCAAAAUGAAACGCCCAUGGAGACGGUUUCUGUGCCUCCUCCAAUCAUCCAACCAAUGGAAGUUCAGAUGAAAGUGAAGACAACAGCCAGCCAGGUUCUGGCUGAACCCAAAGAAAGACCUCUCGUGAAUCUCAUCAGAGAGAAAGCCCGUCCACGGCCCACCCAGAAAAUUCCGGAAACAAAGGCUUUGAAACAUAAGUUGUCAACAACUAUGGAGACAGCUUCUCAAAGGACAAUUGGGAAAAAACAGCCCAAAAAGGUUGAGAAGAACACCAACAUUGAUGAGUUUACCUGGCCCAAACCAAAUAUUACCAGCAGUACUCCCAAAGAAAAAGAAAGUGUGCAGCUUCCUGACCCACCAAGAAGCCGCAACAAAGCCACUGCCCACAAACCAGUCCCUAGGAAAGAACCAAGGCCUAACAUCGCUUUGGCUGCCGAGAAGAAGAAAUACCGAGGGCCUGGCAAAAUCGUGCCAAAGUCCCGGGAAUUCAUUGAAACGGAUUCGUCUACAUCUGAUUCCAACACAGAUCAGGAAGAAACCCUGCAAAUCAAAGUCCUGCCUCCGUCUGUUGCUCCCGGGGGCAAUUUUGCCAAAUCCAAGGAAACCUGUGGUGCCAGCCUGACCCUCAGCACCUUAAUCAACAGCAGCAGCAACAGCUUAUCCAUCAGUAGUGAGGAAGCGACUUUUUCACCCAUCCCUGUCAUGCAAACUGAGCAUCUGUCCCCUCUACGAGAGCAUGAGAAUAUGAAAAAUCUCUGGGUGAAGAUUGACCUUGACCUACUUUCUAGAGUGCCUGGCCACGACUCACUGCAAGCAGCACCAGGCAAGCCCGACCACAAGGAGACAGCCUCAAAACCUAAGCGUCAGGCUGCUGCUGCAGCUGCGGAAAAACCCACCCCUAAGGGCAAGCGUAAGCACAAGCCAACGGAAGUUGCAGAGAAAAUCCCUGAGAAGAAGCAACGCCUGGAGGAGGCCACCACUAUCUGCCUGCUCCCCCCUUGCAUCUCACCAAUUCCACCCCACAAGCCUCCCAACACUAAAGAAAAUAAUUCAUCCCGGAGAGCAAAUAGAAGAAAAGAAGAAAGGCUGUUCCCUCCUCCACUUUCCCCACUGCCAGAGGAUCCUCCACGCCGCAGACACAUCAGUGGCAAUAAUGGUCCCUUCAGUCAAGACAGAAACAUCCCUACGAUUGGACAGGUCACCUCUGCCAAACCUAAGAGGAGUGAAGGCAAAUUCUGUGCUACUUUCAAAGGGAUAUCUGUGAAUGAGGGAGACACUCCAAAAAAGGCAGCCUCUGCCACCAUCACUAUCACCAACACUGCUGUUGCCACUGUCGCUGCUACUGCCAUGGUCACCGCCACUGUUACGGCCACUGCCACUACUACUGCCACGGCUACUACCACAACCACUACCACUACCAUUUCCACCAUCACCUCUACCAUCACUACUGGUCUUAUGGAUAGCAGUCACCUGGAAAAGACAUCCUGGGCAGCCCUGCCCCUUCUGUCCAGCAGCACCACCAAUGUCCGGAGACCCAAGCUCACUUUUGAUGACUCGGUUCACAAUGCUGAUUAUUAUAUGCAAGAGGCCAAGAAACUGAAGCACAAAGCUGAUGCACUGUUUGAGAAAUUUGGCAAAGCUGUGAAUUAUGCCGAUGCAGCCCUGUCCUUCACCGAAUGUGGCAAUGCGAUGGAGCGUGACCCUCUGGAAGCAAAGUCUCCGUAUACCAUGUACUCUGAGACUGUGGAGCUCCUCAGGUAUGCAAUGAGGCUGAAGAACUUUGCAAGCCCCUUGGCUUCAGAUGGGGACAAAAAGCUGGCGGUACUAUGCUACCGAUGCUUAUCACUUCUCUACUUGCGGAUGUUUAAGCUGAAGAAGGACCAUGCUAUGAAGUACUCCAGAUCACUGAUGGAAUAUUUUAAGCAAAAUGCUUCAAAAGUCGCUCAGAUACCGUCUCCAUGGGUAGGCAAUGGAAAGAACACUCCAUCCCCAAUGUGUCUCAACAACGUCUCUCCCAUCAACGCCAUGGGGAACUGUAACAACGGCCCUGUCACCAUCCCCCAGCGCAUUCACCACAUGGCUGCCAGCCACGUCAACAUCACUAGCAACGUGUUACGGGGCUACGAACACUGGGACAUGGCCGACAAACUGACAAGAGAGAACAAAGAAUUCUUUGGCGAUCUGGACACGUUGAUGGGGCCCCUGACGCAGCACAGCAGCAUGACCAACCUUGUCCGCUACGUUCGCCAGGGACUGUGUUGGCUACGCAUCGAUGCCCAUUUGUUGUAGUGGGUGCUCCCCCAUCGCCAGCAUUACCAUCCAUCACUCUACCUCUACCAGAGCACCGAUGGUCACUGGUGGAACUCCACUCAUUUGGAAAAGUUUUCUUGGAUUAUGUUUGUUUUUAUGCUUCUUUUGAUAUCUGUGAAAAACAAAAAAAGCAUUGUAAGUGGACACUACAACUUGAGAACAGUGUAUGUUUUAUUACUUAGUCAUUUUUUAGUAUUUUAUAUGCAUUUCUUAGAUCCCACCAUCCUUUUGUGCUUGAUGAAAUGACAGUGUUCUUUUAAGUCCUUAUAGCAUUGUUUUAAGUUCACACACACAACCCAAAACAAAGAAUGGAAUGCACUUGUGAUAGUAACAGGUUCCUGAGAAAUGAAACCAUAUAUAUAUAUAUAUAUCCUGCAAAGAUUCAAAUUUUCAGCAAUAGCCAUUCCCCAAACUGUACUCUUAUGUCCAGAAAAAAAAGUAUUUCACAAUCUGUUGUUAAACUUUUGUGGUUCCCACAGACUCAAUCUUCAGGUGAGGAUUUUCAUUGUCAAAACCCACUGGUUAGAUGUUGUAGCAACACCAUUAAAUCAAGAGUAUUAAGAAAAUAAAUGAAACAUAGCAAUGCCACUCUUAAAAUGAUACUAUGGCACACAACCAGAGGAUUUUUUGGUUUUUUUAAGCAUCCCUUUACUGAUUCCCUAUUUUUAAAAUUUUAAUGAUGAGGAGUGGCAACAUUUAUUUCUACAACUUUAAGGCAUCAACUGGCAUAAAUAUUUUUGAACUCUGUGAUUUGAAGCGUAAAUCCUCACCUGUGAUUCUCUUUGUGUAAAGCUCUCCUUUUGAGGGGCAUUUUAGUGGGUACAUACCCUAGUAGCCAAAAUGCUACACUCCAGUUUUAGAGAUGAGAGAUAGGAAGUCUGGAAAACAUCCAAGGAAUUCACACCUCUGCCUCUUUUGCAGUUGGUAGGUGUAUCCAGAAUUGGCAGGAUUUUUUAAAUUAUAUUUUGCUCAAAUCUCUGGAAACAAAAGUCAAGUUAUCACUACCUAGAAGUAAUAACAUACAGUUUGCUUCUUAGUGGCUUUAAAAUAUGGACUUCCCCAAUAAUUAUCUCCAUUUUCUAUUUACAGGGUUUCUUUUGUUCUUCUUUCUUUUAUAUUUCUUUUAUUUUCCUUUUUGAGGGGGGUUUAUUAGGUUCUGACUGAAAUACAAUCACUGAUUUUAUUCAAGUCUAUAUUAGUAUGAAUCAUUUCCAUUAAAAUUCCAAAGAAAACUCCAAACUCUAAGUAGUAGCUAGCCUUUUAACAAAACAAAAACAAAAAGAAAGAAAGAAGAAAAAUGAGUUUUGGGGUAAUGUUUCACCCUAGGGUGCUUUGAAGGAGCGCUGAACAUUGGGAACAGCUCACCUAAUUUGGACAUUUCCGUAUCAGUUGCAACUAUCCCCACCCCUUAUGAUACUCUGCAUUCAUUUUAUAUCCCUAAACAUUACAAUGUAAAUAUCACCUUUGGUGUUCCAGCUCACCAGAAGAAUCCCCCACGUGUAGUAAACACUAUCCAUACAUUAGUUCCUCAUAAUUACUUGCCGGUAUAUAAUUCCAUGUAGCCUUUAAUCUGCUGAGUUACUGAAUUCUGUUCACUGAGUUAUGACCAGUUAAAUAAUAGAUAGAUGCACACAAAAGAUGCAAACUUGUAUGAUUUUUAAAGCAAGUCAUGCGAGUCUAUGAUUGGAACAGCAAGGGAUCACUCUGCACUCAUUGUCAAGUUUAGCUAUAUCCCCAGUUGCAAAAGAGCCAGACUUGAGCUCCGCUCUGGUCAUCUUUGAGUUUAAGGCCCUUUGUUGUAUAAUAAGGUUGUGGAAGUUUACUCCAAUGGCUGAGGCCAGAUUGUUAAAAGGACUGCUGGAAAGUUCCCAGCAGCUGAACCCAGCACUUUUUAUGCUCCCAAUGUGGUUGAGCUUCACCGUUCACAGUCUCAGCAACAACACUCACACAUACAGACACACACACAGAUAAAUGAAACCUGAGAGAAUCUUUUCUGAGCCUCUUAAAUGAGGAAAAUGAUUAUAUGAAAGACUCUGAACACCCAAGGUGGGUGUCACAUAUAAAACUUAAGCCGAUGGCUUUGCAGUGACUCAAGUUCUCUGUUUGUUUUUAAUGGCUUACCAGGUAGAGUGCCUGACUAUUACUAUAUAAUGAAGCCGACUGGUUUGACAUAUAAGUUCAACAUAGACCACAAUCCUAGACCAUCAUGGAUUUAGGAGCAGAUUCUUCUUGAAAUUAAAUCUCCAGAAACUAGACAUUAGAAUGCUAGGGGAAGUUUCCCAGGGAGACAGGCAUAUUGCCUCAUGGAUGAAUGACUUGUAGCUCUAGUUUCAGUGAGUCAUUAUAUCUACUUUACAUACAACAGGGAGGUAGCAGAGAAUCCUGCUGCCUGAUGUCACCUCUGGUGGCUGAGUGUAGUGUGUGCCAAAUCAGCAGCAUGAUUAUCAAAUCUGACAGUCGAGCUCAGGAUCACCACCAGAUUAUUUAGUAGACCCAUUGGUAAAGCAGCUUAGAAACCAAUUAAACACGGAGGAUGAAUUGCCUUCCUGUCCCGGGAGAUGAGACGUCUUUUGGUUUCAUGAUUAAGGAUUGUUGCUGUUUUCUAGGCACUCUAUUCAUCACAUUGUAAAUGGUGAUGUGUGUCGUAGGUGUGCAGCUAUUUAAGGGAUUGAGAUAGUUUGUCAAGUUAAUCUCUUCAGUGUACCAGUUUGUGGGAGGGAUACAAGACAUGUGGAUGGCAGUGACAGAUCCUACCUCAAGACCUUGAGGGAGGCUUGGUGAGACACAUCUCAAUAAGCACAUGGAGGUAGGGUAAUGGGCAAAACAACGAGCAGCUCCACCUGAGCAAGUAUACAGAAGGAUCUCAGCCCUGCAACGUGACCCAGGUAGGGCCACCGCUAUGCCUUCCUUUGUUACCCAAGCUCCAACCACAGAGAGUUUGACGAGUUUGUGUUAUGAUGUUGGCUUGGCUUUGUAAUUUUAAUUAACUUUGGAUUUUUUAGUGGUUUUGUCAUAUUACUGUCUGAGUUUGGUAGGUAGGAUUAAUUUGAAAAGAGUAUACUAGUGUGGUCCUCGGGGUAGAAUUAGCCAUAAGCAUGUUGUUAGCCAGCCUGUAGACUGUUAAUUACUUAAUAAUCUCAUUGGGAAAGUACUAGUAGUUUUAUAUUUGGAUGACAUAAUUGGAAAAGCAGAUUAGCUGCUGCUAACUUUUAAAAGACUUGAGGUUGGGAUGCCUUUUUUCCAUGUAAUGACAUAAAAAGAUUCAAAUCUUCAGUCAGUACCAAGUUGCUAAAUUAGCAAACACAUUUCCUCAAAUGUGUUUUGUUGAGUUUCCAAAUGGAUGAAUUUUUGGACAUUACAUCAGUAAAUGCAUUGGAUUCGGUCUGCAUUGGAAAGAUAGUUAUUCUAUGGUAUCUUUCCCAAAGCUAUCUAAUUCGGAUUUUGUUUUAUUCAAAUUUGCAUCCCAGAGGUUGAAGUUGGAAAGCAUUUUUGAAGGCAGAAUCGAUUUAGCUGUGAGGGUGAUGAUGCCCUCAUGUACUUCUCAACAGACAUGAUAAAAUUCACCUGCAUGAGUUGGCAGGUGGGAGAACCAAACUGGAUCACUGGGUAGGACUACUCAGUAAGGCGAUGAACUGCUUGCUUAGAGAAACACCACUCACUAUCCCCAUUGAGAAAAAGUGUGGCAAGAUGAUAGAGCUACACAAUAUCAAACGAAUGGGUCCAUUCAGUGCCCUCAAAUUCAAUUCUGUGGGGAAAAAAUAUUGAGCCAGUCGUCACUGCGCUGUUAUACGACUGGUAGACUAAGUUCUUCUUUGUCGUCGUAGUCGUCAUUGUUGUUGUUGUUGUUGUUGUUUCUCAUUUCCACUUGCACAGCCUUAUUCUCAUAAUUAAACUCUGAUUCAUUUUCUCUCUGGUGUUAGGAAACUCCAGCGACAGAAAUGGCAUCUGUGUAUUGAUAAUCAGCAUUUACCCUGGCAGGAGGCUAAUCGGAUAGGCUGGUUCCAGACAUUAAUCUUCCCAUCUGAUAUUUUUUUGGGGAAAAAAAUAUUAAUUCCCUUUCCAUUCUCCUCCUCACAGAUCUAGAAGCCCUCUUUACCAAGAGCAUCACAUUUUCCUGUGUAAUCCAUCGACUCAAAGAAAAUUGCA